GCGGUGGUGCCCGACUUCGACCCCGCCAAACUAGCAAGACGCAGUCAAGAACGAGACAAUCUUGGCAUGUUGGUCUGGUCACCUAAUCAGAAUCUGUCAGAGGCAAAACUGGAUGAAUACAUUGCCAUUGCCAAAGAGAAGCAUGGGUACAACAUGGAACAGGCUCUGGGGAUGCUCUUUUGGCAUAAGCAUAAUAUUGAAAAAUCAUUGGCUGAUUUGCCCAACUUUACCCCCUUCCCAGAUGAGUGGACUGUGGAAGAUAAAGUCUUGUUUGAGCAAGCCUUUAGUUUUCAUGGGAAAACUUUUCAUAGAAUACAACAAAUGCUUCCUGAUAAAUCUAUAGCAAGUCUGGUGAAAUUUUAUUACUCUUGGAAGAAGACGAGGACUAAAACUAGUGUGAUGGAUCGCCAUGCUCGGAAACAGAAGCGGGAGCGUGAGGAGAGUGAGGAUGAACUGGAAGAAACAAAUGGAAAUAACCCCAUUGACAUUGAGGUUGAUCAAAACAAGGAAAGCAAAAAGGAGGUUCCCCCUACUGAGACAGUUCCUCAGGUCAAGAAAGAAAAACACAGCACACAAGCUAAAAACAGAGCAAAAAGGAAACCUCCGAAAGGAAUGUUUCUUUCUCAAGAAGAUGUGGAGGCUGUUUCUGCCAACGCCACUGCUGCUACCACAGUGCUCAGACAACUGGACAUGGAAUUAGUUUCAAUCAAACGACAGAUUCAGAAUAUUAAACAGACAAACAGUGCUCUCAAAGAAAAGCUUGAUGGUGGAAUAGAACCGUACCGACUUCCUGAGGUCGUUCAGAAAUGUAAUGCACGUUGGACCACAGAAGAGCAGCUUCUUGCCGUACAAGCCAUCAGGAAAUAUGGCCGAGAUUUUCAGGCGAUCUCAGAUGUUAUUGGGAACAAAUCAGUGGUACAAGUGAAGAACUUUUUUGUAAAUUACCGACGCCGCUUCAACAUUGAUGAAGUUUUACAAGAAUGGGAGGCAGAACAUGGCAAAGAGGAGACCAAUGGGCCCACUACCCAGAAACCCAUGAAAUCCCCGGAUAAUUCUAUUAAGAUGCCUGAAGAGGAGGACGAGGCUGCUUCUGUUCUUGACGUCAGAUACGCAUCUGCCUCAUGAGAACUCUGGUAACUUUGAACACUCGGUUUGGACUACUGUGUUAUCCAGGAUAUCAGGUAUUCCGAGACAUCACCUAGCCAUCUGCAUCACAUCUCUGUGGACAAGCAGCUAUUACCAAAAAGGCAUACACUUCCAGGCCGUGCUACAUCUGCCUUAAUUCCCUGCUCGUUCCUCCAUGUUGGCGCCACUUCCCAGAGGCUCUGUUGCAUCUCUCACACUCUGCUGAAGUGCUGGGGACAACUUGGGCCUGUACCCCUCCUGUCACUCUGGGAACUGCCUCCCCAGGCGGAACCCCUGAGCCCCACCACUGGCAGCUCUUCCCAGUCAGCUUCAAAACAGGUAGAACUCAGAAGGCACGGCUCUGGUCCUGCAUGGCCUGCAAGUUUUAUUUUGUGCAUAAUGUAAUUUUCAGAGUAACUGUGACCCCAUUGGCCUUCUCGGAAGUUUCUGUUGUUCUCUCCUGAGGCCACCACCUAAAUGAUAUCAUGCUUGAUCUUCAGAAAUCAGAAUACAUUAGCAGACUGCAUCAUAACCUGUCCGUGCUGAACAUCCCAAUGAAGCUCACUCUGCCCUAAUAGAGGGUAUAAUUAUGGUUCAUGAACUUAGCUGACUUAGCCUCCCCCCUUCCCAAGUGGGAACAAACCCAUUCACAGCAACUGUCCUUAGACACUGCAGCUUAAAGGGAACGUGGGCCCCAGCGCUUUCUGCCUUCAACGUUCAGCAUUGCAACCCCCCAGUAGACACACCCCAUCUUUUCCUGAUGCCCCCUACCACCACCACCACCACCACCCAACUCCAAGAGAUUCAGUCCAUAUCACUGUACCUGGUGCUUGUACAUUUGGAAUUGGUGCCUUCUCCUUUUGGCAACCAUAUUAUCAAUCCUUUUCUGUUUUAGUGUCUUAUUUCUUUGUUAAAGUUUAUUGCUUGCCAAAGAUGACAUCACUGAGAUUACGAGACAGGAGCGUUUGCUACAGGUCUGACAGGCAGAUUUGGAGUGUCAGGUUAGCUCAGUAGAGGCCACUAGAAUAGCUGGAGACUGUUCUGUGAAGCUACACACGGCUCGUUCCCCAGUCUCGUGGUAUGCCUGGCCUUUCACAUGUCCCUCAUCUGUUCUUUUGUGUCCCUCAUGUACUAUGUGAUCACACAAACACCACGCCCUCUGUUUUCAUAUCAGAGUCCAGGAGAGAAGGGGUCAGUGUGCUGACCCAUGAGCCUACAUCAUGGCACAUCAUGCCUUUGGUUGGACCGGGAACAAGUGAAUUUUCCUAAUAAAUGUUCAGAGACUUCCAGAAUCACUUUUGUUCUCUUACUUUGUUUGGGCCUGCUGAGGGUUGGAGGAGCAGACUAUCAAACUGCAUUUUAGCAGAGCCUGUUCCCACCCAUGGCCAGUUCAGACUGCACUAAAUAUGUAGAAAUAGCUUUUGUUGUUGUUUGCAUCAUUUAAAUCUUUUUUCUGCUUUCAAUACCAAAAAGAAGAAGAAGGAAAAAAAAAUGCUUUAAGGCAUACAUAGUCAGAAUUCUUAAGAAUUUAAAAUAUGCAAUUAAAGUUUUAAUAUUUUUGACUCCCAAGCACCUUGUUUUUAUUUUUAAGUCAGCUGAUUUUCUGUUUAGAAAGUGUGUCAGCUAUAAUCCUGGGUUUUGGUGAACUGUUUUUUUGUUUUGUUUUGUUUUGUU